AUGAAGGAUGCUCUUUGUCCAUAUUUCAUGCAAAUUUACGUAGAGACGCCUAUUUUUGUGCAUGCAGCUACUGUAGUUUGUACGAUGGCUUUCCUAGAUCUUUCUGACGCUAUUGCAGACGGCCAGAAAUUAGAAGAAAGAAACGUGUCUGACCAUUGGAAGUUUGGUGGUCUUGGUGCAUUAGAUCUAGCUGAAGCAGUUGUCAAAACAUGUAAAUUACCAUCGAAGGGAGAGUCCAAAAAAUAUGUUGAAUCCGAAUACGUCACCAACGUCCGAGGUAACAAAGAGCUUAUUCCAGAAGUAAUUAUAUGUGCGGAAGGAUGUGAUUGUAUGAUAUGGCGGCUGAGAAAAACGUUGGGAACCAAAACUGCCAUAAUUGCUAGGAAAAUGUUUGGGGCUGUUGGAGUAGAACUGUUAGAAUCAGCUGGGGAGGAAAAUGAUUAA